AUGGCUAGAGUGAUGACGAGGCUUAUCAGGGAAAAGGAACAAGAUCCGUUUGGAUUUUUGGAGCACAAGAAGCGAGGGCUAGCAGGCAGCAGACAGGGUCAAGUUGUUUGGGCAGUCAACAGCUUGCAACUAUUCACCCAGCCGGUGACCAGGGUGUGCUUCCGGUAUUAUCAUGGCUCGACCGGUGCUCUGAGAGCAUCGUCAGCUACAAUCAACAUUAUAAACCCUAACACUGCUAACAGAGCUGAGGUAAAUCAGAAGGAUAACUCGCAGAUGGUCAAAAUAGUCGUAUCAACCAUCCGUGCGAGUGGUCUGCGCAAGGGCAUGUUUUUUAGCCCUGACCCAUACGUGAAGUUAAGCAUCAAGCCGGGGCCGGCGUGGGGCAGCGACGGCUACGUUCCCAAGUACUGGCGGACACACGUUGUGCAGAACACCAUCAAUCCCGAGUGGAAUGGGCAGAAGUUUGGAUUGGCAGCAUACCCUGGCGACACCCUGCUGUUUGAGGUGAAAGACAAGUUUGCUAGAAGUCGCCCGAUCGGCAGUCGAUUCCUUGGACAGGUGCAAGUGCAACUCAGCUACCUCCAGCAGAAAGCUGCCAAAAAACCCAGAGAGAAACACGUGCUUAUCUUCUCACUGGCCAAGAGGCAUCCCUCCGACUCCGUUACCGGUAAACUGGCGUUCUUCUUCAUCAUAUCUGAUCAAACAGCGGCGCCCUCUAACGGCGUACUGCUAUGCGGCAGCAACAGCAGCGGCAGCCAGACUUCGUCUGCGAGUCAGGGCAGCGGUGAGACGAGCACGGCAGCGAUGCUUCUAUCCGACGCCGCGACGCAGGUCACCCUCUACGCUCUCUCACGCGGUCGCAUCGGCAACCACGAGGCGCCCGUGCUGCCGCCUGGCGACGCCGUCGUCGGGGACAACUACCGCGAGCUUCAGGCCGUGUUCAGCGACAUCCCUGCCGUCGACGACAGCCGCCUGUCGCCCGUCGGCAACGUGGGAGUCGACGCGUUGCCGGGGGAGACGGGGGUGACAUACGAGGGGAUGUCGCCGGUGGGCGCCGAGACGGGGGUCAGCUACGAGCACAUGAUGUCGGUGGGCGCGGAGACGGGGGUCGACUACUCGCACGCGUCCGUCAGCUAUGACGACGUCGGCAUCGACUACGGCGACUUGGAGACGGACGGCAGCGUACUGACGAACGGCGGCACUGCGGGGGCGCCUCCGUACGACGACGACGACGACGGCGAAUCGUGUGAUAGAACGGCGGUGGCGCAGAACGGCCUGAACAACCUGAGUUCGCCCGCCGGAACAUUGACCGGCCGCCGGAACAUUCCGAUGAACGAGAUGAACAUCUCGACGAUGGAUUCGGACGACGGCGGCGGCGGCAGCGGGGGCGAGGCGCGGUGGGUUCCGCGACCUGCCCCGCGGCGGAGUCGGCAGCCGCCGCAGCCAGACGUCGACCCGUCGCGGGGGCACACUCCACCGGGGCUGAGUAGCUACGAGGACGCAGUGCGGGGAUGCAGCCCGGAGGAGGAGGAGGAGGGGAGCAGCCGGGGAUCCCCCGUGGAGGAGGCAGUGAACAGAGAUAGCAUCGUGCCUCAGAUCGGCUCACCAGAGAACUUGGAGAGCAGAGUGGAUGGAGACUUUACUGACCAGACUCCUGCUGUUGCUAGCACUUCUGGCAUGCAAAGCAGGCAGGCCAGCUACCUGGACCAGCACCAGAGGUUGUGUCGAGCCAUCUCUUCCUCCGGCAGUCCCUGCUACCAUACCUCCCAGCAAGUCGGGUGUAGACCCAGCCGUAGCUGCAGUCGGUACAGCAACUUCAGAAGGUGGGAGGCGCGUGUUGACACUCACGGCCGCAUAUUCUACAUCGAUCACGUGAACCGGACGACGACGUGGGAGCGACCGCAGGCAACGCCGGCCCUGCAGCGCAAGGCCAGCACGGCCGCGAGCGAACACGAACGCGAGCAGUUCGAUAGACGAUACCAAAGCAUACGAAGAACAAUCAACAGAAAUAGAAAUGACGACCUGGCGUCAUUGUCCAUAGCCCGACCUGACACAUCACCUAGGCCUGCUGCACAAGCGACGCAAGCGCAGUCACCUCAGAGAGCUGCUGCCAGGAGUCCAUCACCUGCUAACCAGCAGGCAGUGGCAUCGGGGUCCGCGCCCGGCGUCGCGAAGGGUGCCCCACAGAGGGCGCCGGCGGUGCUGUUCUUGUCGCGGCCGGACUUCUUCCCGUUGCUGCACACGAACGAGAUGGCGUUCGGCAUGUACACCGGCAACACGACACUGAAGCACAUGAUAUCGAAGAUACGCAGGGAUAGCGGCGCGUUUGAGAGGUACCAGCACAACAGAGACCUUGUCGUCUUCCUGAACCUAUUCGCCGAUUCCACCAUCGCCUUGCCUGUCAACUGGGAGCUGAAGACAGACAAGACGGGGAAGUCCUUCUUCAUCGACCACGUGCGCAAGACUACGACCUUCAUUGAUCCGCGACUGCCCGUGGAGGUACCAGCGAUCAACCCCCAGAGCCUGCAGAUGCCGUCGCCGCGGCGACCGGGCAUGCUGCAGACAUCGGGCCCAGUGCCGCCACCGCGACCUCCUGGCAUCACGUUGGUGGCGCCCCCUGUGCCUGAGGCUCCCGUGGCAUACAACGACAAGGUGGUCGCGUUUCUACGGCAGGCAAACAUCAACGAGAUUCUGGCAGCGCGCCAGCCAAGCUACGCGUCCAACAGCAAGGUGAAAGACAAGGUGAAUCUAAUACGCAUGGAGGGAACGAAGGCCCUUACAAAACUCAGCAAUGAUGUGGACCUCAUCAUACUGUUGAGCCUCUUCGAACAGGAAGUGAUGUCAUACAUCCCGGAGGCGCUGGUGCGGCUGGCUGCGUCUAACUCCUCCGCCUCCUCCGCCUCAUCCCACGAAUCGCCCGUCGUCCCGCGCGCCAACGUCAGAGCUCCCGCCCCCUACAGGCGAGACUUUGAGACGAAGCUGCGUGGCUUCUAUCGGAAGCUGGAGUCGAAAGGCUAUGGGCAGGGCCCAGGCAAGAUCAAGUUAACAGUGAGACGAGACCACGUGCUCGAAGAUGCAUUUACGAAGAUCAUGCAGUGCCACAAGAAAGAACUUCAGAAGAACAAACUCUACAUAACGUUUGUCGGCGAGGAAGGGCUUGACUACGGUGGACCGUCACGCGAGUUCUUCUACCUGCUGUCGCGUGAACUCUUCAACCCCUACUAUGGCCUGUUUGAGUACUCGGCCAACGACACCUACACCGUGCAGGUUUCCCCUGUGUCACAGUUUGUGGAGAACCAUCUGGAAUGGUUCAGAUUUGCAGGUCGUGUCUUGGGGCUGGCCCUCAUACACCAGUACCUAUUAGAUGCUUUCUUCACCAGACCCUUCUACAAAGCCUUGCUGAGGCUGCCAUGUUCACUGAGCGAUCUUGAAUCAUUGGAUGCAGAAUUUCACCAGAGCUUGCUCUGGAUUAAAGAGAAUGAUAUCACCGACAUUCUUGAUCUCACAUUUAGUGUCGAUGAAGAAGUGUUCGGACAGGUGACCGAGCGCGAGCUGAAACCCGGCGGCAUGGACGUGGCAAUGACGGAGAAGAACAAGAAGGAGUACAUCGAGCUGAUGGUGCGCUGGCGGCUAGAGCGGGGCGUCUGCGAGCAGACGGACGCGCUAGUGCGCGGCUUCUACGACGUCAUCGAACACCGCGUCGUAUCAACGUUCGACGCGCGCGAACUGGAGCUAGUCAUCGCCGGCACAAUGGAGAUCGACAUACAGGACUGGCGGAGAAACACCGAGUACAGAUCCGGCUACCACGAUGGACACCCAGUGAUACAGUGGUUCUGGAUGGCCAUUGAGCGAUUCGAUAACGAGCGGAGGCUACGGCUGCUGCAGUUUGUCACGGGAACGUCCAGCAUCCCCUACGAAGGCUUCGCAGCGUUGCGGGGCAGCAACGGGCCGCGGCGAUUCUGCAUCGAGAAGUGGGGCAACAUCAGCAGUCUCCCACGGGCUCACACAUGCUUCAACCGCCUCGACCUGCCACCCUACAUGUACUUCUCCAUGCUCUUCGAGAAGCUGAUCCUCGCAGUCGAGGAGACGAGCACAUUCGGUGUCGAGUAGUGAACGUGGCUUCCUCCUCGUCUUCCUCCUCCUCCUCUUCUUCCUUCUCCUCAUCCUCCUCCUCUUUCUCCAC